CAACAGUUGGCCAAUGAAAAACAUGCAUAGAAAAGAAACGAAAACAUCAAGCGAGGAGUUGAAUUGCAGCAAAUUUUCGUGAGCUAUAUGUUUUUCUUGACUUGAACUACUAAUUAAAUAAAAUUUGUGAUCAUAAAACAAAUUUGAUACGAAUGUAGAGCUCGCAAUAUAUUUCUGUGUGAAAUAUCUGAAAAAGUGUCGAAAGAAUUGCGCAAUAGUGUUCUAGGUGAAAAAAAGACUGUAAAGAACGGCAACAAUCAACCACACGGAGGCAAUCACGAAUAGGAAGGCAAACUAUAAUUUCACUGCCCGCAGCCCUAAAACGUAUUUAAAUAGACUUUGGUUGUACAUUUAACGAAUAUUUGUGCUUUGAAACGUAUAUCACUUUCAAAUUAGUUUCACUUCUAAACUUUGCGAACUUGGAACUCUUGCAAUAUUGCACAGGUGUGGUGUGUGUGGGCGGUAAAAUAGCGGCUGCGGCUAAAGCAGGUGAGGUCACAGUUGCACACACAAAGCGCAAAUAUCGUACGAAACAAAGACAUUGGCUGCGCUAUGGAAGUGAAGGAGGUUUUGCAUCGUGAGGGAAGAGAUGCGAAAAAUUUACUUGUCUUUCAAUUUUGUGAAGAGCAACCGCCCACUGAUGGAAGGCAAAAUGCUACGGGAAAAAUCUCACCCUCUUCUCUGAAUGUGCGCAAACCCCCAGUUGCACCAUCGAAAUCACCCAACUCGCUGAAGAACGCUCUUUCGCCAAUACGUUCGGCGAAAUUGCAAAAUGCGGGGCCGCGUGUGCGUAGCGCUUCCACAGGUCGUGAUAAAAAAUCUGAGCUGCAAGCACGUUAUUGGGCACUGCUAUUCGGCAAUCUGCAACGUGCUGUCAAUGAAAUCUAUCAGACGGUGGAAUGCUGUGAGAACAUAUCAUGGUGCCAGGAGGCAAUUUUGGUGCUCGAAAACUAUGUGCGUGAUUUCAAAGCGCUGAGCGAAUGGUUCAAAGUUUCAUGGGAUUUCGAGUCACGUCCGUUGCAGCAGCGCCCACACUCACUUGCAUGGGAGGUGCGCAAGAGUAAUCCUGCACCACGUGUGCGCGCCAAAAGUCUAACAAGUCCCACUAUGUCGGGCAAAUCCAGUCCUUCGGCAUGCCCAUGCACGUCCGGGAAGUCAUCGCCUUGUUGCGGAGGUAGUAGUGGAGACUCACCAUCGCCACGCAAAAGCUUGCGCGCAUGCGAUCCUCUGCCGAAAGGAGCUAUGCGCGUGAUUGUGCGCGAACUGUUCGCCCCAAGUAAAGUGAGCACGGUUAAUGAGCGCUCAAUAGAUGGAUACGAUCAAAAGAAAUUCACAUCGACUGAGCAGGAGGUGCAUGCAGAAGCCGAGCCCAUGGACUUGCCGAAUAGGAGUCAUCAGUAUGCGCAGACUGAUCUUGAAGAUGAUCAUUUAACAUUAGCAGAUAUAAGAAUUAAGAUGCAGAGAGAAGCUGAGGAGCGCCAGUUGGCUGAGCAGGCUGAGCAAGAGCGCUUUCGAAAAGAGCAAGAGCUUGAGAGACAUCGUCAACUAGAACAACAGCAGCUCGAGCAGCAACAACAACUGCAGCAGCAUGAGCGGGAACGCCAGCAGGCCGAGCAAAAAUUGCUAGAGCAACAGCAGAAGCAGCAUUUGCUGGAAGAGAACAAGCUGGUGGAUGAGAAUUUGCGGCAAGAAGAAGAGAAGAUCUCAUCAGCAACUGCAGAUAUAAGUAGCAUACAGGAAGCAAUUGUAGAAAACGGUAAUGAUUCCAGCGCCACCGAUACGGAUGAUUCACAUUUCGGGAUGCAUCGCGAGCCAACUGCACUAGAGAUGACUGUGCAAAAACUGAACGAAAUGGAGAACGAAAUUCUCCUCAAAGAUGCUAAUAAAAUGCCAACACCGCCAACGACUGAACUGAAAAAUGUAAACCACAUAGUUGAUAACAAUGCAGCUGCCAGCGCUGGCGCAUCAGAUAAUAAGAAGGAUGCUGUCGCUCCAGACAGUACGAAGAAAACAGCAGUGGCCGCACCCGCUCAAAAUGGUCCUUUAAAAUAUUCCAGUGUCUUAAAUCGCCCCGCUACUGCACGCACUGCCACAUCGAAUGUCUCAAAACCAUCAAUAACGGUGCGUCCUCCACCUGCUGUUGCGCCAGCUAAUAAGCCAAUUGCAUCGCAAGCGCAAAAGGUAGCGCCCAACAUCAGUUUACGUCGCUCUGCCACUACAGCUUCUGUCAUAAAAACUGCUUCUGUGCGAACAGCGGCUGCAGUCGCCGGAGCUGGCUCACGACCCAUUACAACGCGCCCGUCCAGCAAGACUGAGCAUUAUGGACCGCCAACGCAUGUUGCUUCACGCUUAUCCGCGCGUUCACGCACGAUGAUUGAAAUGCAGCCCAAGGAGCAAAAGCCACGCGAUGGGCGGCAGCAACAGCAGAAACGCAAUGCACAGACGGCUGUGGCUUCCCAAAAGUCAUCGCGAGAAGAUAUUGGAAGUUCAAGUUCAACGCUCAAAGCCAGUACAGAACUCAUAUCGUCUUCCAGAAGCAGUCUCUCGCAAACUGCUGCCGGCGCAGUGCACAUAGACGACCGGCGUUCGGAGCCGAAGCAGUUGCCGUCCGACCCGAACGAUGGCUGGUUGACAGUGAAGAAUCGGCGCCGCUCCAGCAUGCAUUGGGCACAUCGCUUUAAUCAGCCAACGGGAUAUGCCAGCCUUCCAACAUUAGCACUCUUCAACGAGCAGCUUGGCGAGAAUGAAGAUCGCCAGCGGACCAAAAAGGCUGCGCCAAAGAAAGAACCUCCGACAGAAUGCAAUAGCAAUAACACUUCGAACACAACCCAAUUGGCACCGAAACAAGCGAAAGCAGUAAAGGCUCAAAAGAGCGCUGAUAAACCGGUGAAAAAUGUGACGCGUCCGGAAAUAAAGAAUGCAAAGGCGAAAGUCAAUUCACUGCCCACUCAGCGAAAGAACCCCCCUACUACUGCUGCUGCUCAGCCGGCACCAGCUACGCAAUGCGGCGGUGGCAAUGCUCAUGGCGGCGUCAGCUUGGCACGCUCUUCCACUGUGCCAACACGUGAGACGAUCAUCAAACGACAGAAGUCUGAUUUGACGGGACUGAAGAUGACCUCGCUGCACAAGGAGUAUAUGCGAAGCGAGAAGUAUGUGCAUCGAAAACAAGGCGGGCGCGCAGGCUCGCUUGAGAGUUCUGCAGCCAACUCAACGGAGACAAUUAUGGAUGCGAACGAGGAACCAACCAACAGCGAAAAAGCACCCGACAGCGCCGAGUCCGCUGACCAAAACAAAAUCGAUAUAAAAAUACAAACCAAUCGCGACUUUUCCAAAACCAUUGGAGAUCUUUAUGAAAGUAUUGCCCAGACGGCUAAAGCAGCCGGCUACGUUGGCGCCAUCACCGGUGCUGGAAAACUCUCAAGUUGCGACGAAAACGAGGAGACUUUUGCCAGCGAAACAGAUUGCGACGAAGAUCAGCGCAUGCUGGUGGAGGAGCAAGAAUCGCUGGAGCGGCAAAUACGUGAAUUGGAAAAUACCGAAAUCGAUGUUGAUACUGAGACGGAUGAGACCGACGGCGAAGUGGCAUUUGAUCAUGAGCACGAUUGCAAUGAAGCGGUGGAUCGACUGCUAGACGAUGCCUCGUCCAUUGCCUUUCUAGCGGCAGGUGAGGACGGUAUGGAUCCGAAUAUCAGCUUGGAGAUGCGCUACCACGCGUUACUUUCGGAAAUGUCGCGCGGUGAGCGCGAGGAGGCGUUGGCCACGUUGCAGGCAUAUGUGGCGCGUCAUCCGGGGCGCGCACAGGAGCUGCACCAGAAGCUUUCCUCGCCGUCGCGUCGCCGCUCACUGCACGAAACGCUGAAAAAGUAUCAGGCAAAGCAUGCGCGUGCGCAACAAAAACGUGAGCAGGUGCAAAAAGAGAAAACCAUUAAGAUACAACAACUGCUGGCGCGUGUCGAAGAUGUGAAGGCGGCCAAGCGACAGCUUAUCGAGGACAAGCGCCUAAGGAUGGAGGAUAAAAUGCAGCGCGCCGCGGAGAAUCGCGAGCAGUAUUUGCGACAAAUAGUGGAGAAAGCACACGACGAGGAGAAAAAGUUGAAAGAGAUAAAUUUCAUCAAAAAUAUCGAAGCGCAAAAUAAACGCUUGGAUCUGCUUGAAUCGUGCAAGGAUGCCGAGGGUCGGCUGCAAGAUUUGGAGCAGGAGCGGCAGAAGCGCUUGGAAGAGAAGGCAGCACGCGAAGCAGCUGUAGAACGGCGCCGCCAAGAGUUGGAGAAGGAGCGUCAGCGCAAGUUGGAGAAAAUGAAUGAGACGCGACUGGAGAAGGAGCAGCGUAUUGGCAAAAUGCAGGAGCAAAAGGAGCGCCAACGUCAGGCGUUGGCACGGGAAAAGGCGCGCGAUCGCGAAGAGCGCUUGCUGGCGCGCCAAACACAGCAGCAGCAGACGACCGAGGAGCUGCAGCGUAAGAUAUUGCAAAAGCAGCAGGACUCUGCGCGUCGUCAUGAGGAGAACAUCGAGCAUAUACGCCAACGUGCACUGGAGCUGACACUGCCUACGCGCAAUGCGGAUGAGAAUGGCAUGCAGCGCAAUGAAAAUGGCGAAUUAGUUGCUGAGGAUGGCGACUUGUCUUCGACUGUGUCGGAUGUGGGCAGCCGAGAGCACACGCGCGGCUACAAAAAGAAAAUGAAGAAGCUGAAGCAGCGUAUGGCGCAGAGUGCCGAGGAGUAUAUGAAGGAACAACAACCGGUGCCAUUGCAUAUGAAACGUGAAAGCCAAGUGCCGAAAUAUUUGAAUCUCGUGAGUAAAGGCGGUGGCUCACAGGGCCUGGAACGCGCUGUCAGCCAGCUGUUGCGUCUGAUGAGCAAAGCGCAAGUAUUUGAUUUCCAGUGCUUCCUGCUCAUGGAUGGACUCGGUGUCAUCACCACAAAUGUGAUUAGCAAAAGUAUGCUGGAGAAUAAUGACAUUCCAAAGAGAGCUGUUGUGCUCGCUGUGCAACUGUACCGCAAUGCCUGCACUCUUUGUCCACAAAUCGCCCGACAUGCGAUACUUGGAAAUACGUUAAGUGCCCUAUUCGAUGUGCUGGUUCAGAGUUUGCAGCUUCCCGAAGAAAAAUCACCGCAACAUCCUGUCGAGUUAUCCACUGAGUUAAUGCUCGCCUGCACGGUAGCCAUGUCACCGUCCUACACCAAGAAGCACACCCACCCCCAAGUGCUGGAACGCCUACCGGACCUGAUAAGCUAUGCCGUUAUAAUUGGUCUCAUCGAAAUCCUUUCGCGACGUUGCAUGAAAAUACGCGAAUCCAUUGAGAAUCAUCAAAGUGUGGUGCUCUCGUUGCUGGCCACGCUUGGCUUCCUCACACGUUUCAUUGAUGUCUGUCCGGCAGGACCCACAGACGCGACGCGCUUCCUGGGCGCGGCCAAAUCCACGGAACUCUUUGGAUCAGUAUCGAUGCUGUACGCGUGCGUUGUGCCAAUCGGUGAAUGCAUCCCACCGCGCACUGUGUCAUUGGCGGCAGCAACCUUCAAUCUGUUGGUCUCCAUGGCGGUGCUGGAUUUGGCGACGUUUCAGGAUGUCAUGUCUAGUGAAACGCUUUCGCUAAAAUUCCUCGAUGUUGUCACAAUUUUACUCAAAUAUUGCGGCAACAAAUGCUCGGCGGCUAAAAAUAGUGAAACGCAGGCUGUGAUCAUAGAUCUGAUAGCGACAAUUGGCUUCCUCUGUGCCAACAACAAGAAGAAUCAAGAUCUACUCACCUCUGAGCAAUGUUCCAUUAUAGUUAAGAGCUUAACCAAAUUACCUGAACAUUUGAAUGUGGUCGUUUAUCCCUGCUUAGUCACAAUAACGUUCCAAAAUCAAAAUGCUCGCAAUGUGAUAGCACGUGAUUUUAAUUUAGAAUUUCUGGAUGAAUAUAGUAAAUCAGAGAAAGCCAAGAAGAAUCAUCUAAUCGCUCUGCUCAAAGAGAAGACUUAAACAAAUCGAAAAAAGUUAAUAAUAAACUUUUUAAGGCGUUUAUGACUGGAAAUAAAAAAAAAAUUCGCAUUUAUGGUGCUUCGAAGUAUCAUUUGUGGAAUAAAGAGAAAAUAUUCGCUGACUGCCUUCUCAAUCAUAA